UUUGAACCGCUGACCUGCUGAACACAGUCAGCUAAAGUGGCCUGCAGUACUGUACUCUAACUGCUGUGCCACCUCAGCUCAUUUGCAGCUUCCCCACCCCCCAUUCUGUUUGAAGCUAUAUAUAAUACAUUUUUCCAAUAUUGUAUUGUCCACUUUCUCUCCUUCCUGCUCUUUCUCUUUUCCCCAUCCCUUUCUCUGCCUGCUCUACUGUAUGUAAAAUUUGGCCUAAUCAAGUAUUUUUGAAAGUUUAACCACUUUCCCCCUCCUCCACUGCCACCAAAUGAGCUUCCCUAAUAAUGAGCAUGUUUCAGUCUUUUUGCUAGCACUGGCACUGAUGAUGUUACCUAGUUUGGGUAAUGAAAUGUCUGCAGGAAAACAACCAAGUUCAGAGAGCGCCAAGGACUCCUCAAUCUUUUUUUUCCCCUUAAUCACACCAUCUUAUAUUCUUUAUUCCCCAGGGCACGAAGUCGAUAAAGUGACCCUUUCCAGAUUAAGACUCCGAAUUCUUCCACCUGAAGUGCUACAAAAUAGUAGUAUGGAGAACCUGAAUUUGGACCGGAACAAGCUGAAACAUAUCAAUGGGAUUUCUAGUCUUUACAACCUGAAAAAAUUGAUUUUGUCUAAAAAUGCUAUAACAGAUUUCCCAGUGGAAAUCCGGAACUUGAUCCACCUGGAGAAGCUUGAGCUCAAUCAAAACCAAAUCCGAACUAUCCCAGAGGGGAUCUUCUCUUCUCUCCCUAAAUUGAAACAUCUCCGACUUAACAACAACUGUUUAGACAGUCUUCCUAAGGAUCUAAGUUCUUGUAGGGACUUUCUCCAGUAUCUCAACUUGUCCACAAACUUAUUCCAAGCCAUCCCUCAUGUAAUCUUGGAGUUGAAAAACUUGCAAGAAUUCUAUGUGCAAAAUAACUUGUUACGCUACCUUCCCAGAGAAAUGUUCACAGAACUGCCCCUGAAGAUGUUCAAAGUAAAUGGGAACUCACUGAGGGAACCCCCAGAUGAAGUAUGUGCAGGGGGUAUCAAACAGAUCAUCACUUACUUCAAUCAGCUACAGAAUGGCCAAGCUGAGGAGGACAAGCGUGUCAAGACAAUGUUUUUGGGGACAUCCUUAGCAGGAAAGUCUACAUUGUGCAAAAGCUUAAAGCAGGGACAAGUUAUUCAACUAUCAGAGGAAGAGCGGACAGUUGGGAUUGAGAUAAGUGAGUUCCAUAUCCAAGGCUUCACCUUUCUCUUUUGGGAUUUUGCUGGCCAGCUGGAAUACUAUGUGACCCACCAUAUGUUCAUUACUUCACAGGCCCUUGUCAUCUUGGCCAUUAACCUUCACCAGUAUCAGCUUACUAAUGACUCCUUCAAGGAUCUUGUUGGAUUUUGGAUAAGCAACCUCUUUAUGAGAGUGCCAAAUUCUGUCAUCCUUCCUGUGGGAACUCAUGUGGAUGCUUGUUCCAAGGAGGAGGUUGAAGAAAAGAAAAAGGAUAUCAUGUGCAAGAUACAGGCCAUGCUGGAGGAGAGACAGGUCAACCUAGCUCACCUUAUUACUAAUCUGGAAGACAAUGAAGAAUCUGAGUUCUAUGAGGACCAGUGGACUAGACUGAAAGAAAUGGAAAAUUGCACCCUUACAAUUCUAGAUCUUGUUCCUGUCAACUGCAUGGAUUACCUAGACAUUAAAAAACUUGAAGAAGCAAUCUUGGAGCAUGUCAAGAAUGAAGAACUCUUCCCCAAUGUCAUCCAAGUGCUCCCCCCUGUCUAUAAACAAGUAGAAGCAGCAAUUGUGGAUAUGAUGCAAAAUAACGAAGAGAUGACUGAACAUGGGAUGGUGAAUUUCAGUCUUUUACACAGCAAGCUCUCCUGCCAGUAUCAUUUGGAUAGAGAACUUCUGCAGGAUAUUUUGAGAUACCUUCAUCGCAUUGGAUUAAUUGUGUGGUAUGAAAAGAUCAAGCAGCUGAAGAACACAGUGUUCUUACAUCCAACUAUUCUGAUCACUCUCUUCAAAACUCUUGUGAGGUAUGGCCUAAGGCAACAGCUGGAGAGCAUUUCUGUGGACAUCUUGAUAGGAGAACAUGCCACCAUCCGAGACCGGACCAAUUGGGCAUUGAUGUUUAAAUCCAAAGCCAUCUUAUGCCAGAAAGCUAUGAGAGCUUUGCUUAAGCAGCAGCUUUCUUUAGACAAUAUGGUGGACAUCUUUGAGGAAAUGGUGGGAAGCAGAUUCCAGAAGGGGAAGCUCUUCAGCCUGCUCGAGCACUUUGAGAUCUGCCUGGAGAUCAAAAAUGUAGAAGGACUUAAUCCUAGAGCCAGAGCAUUUGUACCUGGGGAGCCGUGGGAAACUCUGCAAAGCCUGGAGAAGGACACACACUACUUAUUUCCUAACUAUCUCAAUCAAAGCCAGGAGGUUUCAGCAAUGUGGGGAGAAGAUCACAAGGAGGACUUGCACAUUCGCUUGUACUUUUCUCCUGAGAUCCCAGAGGGCUUCUUCCAAAGAUUCAUGGUGAAAGCUUGUUCCUUCUUUUCAACUCACUGGGUUGCUAAAGCCAUCUGCCUGCUCAUAUGUAGCGGCACACCUUUACUGAUCAAAGCAAAUAACCAAAAAGGUUACAGCUACAUUGAAUUCAGGUGUAGAAAGCCAGGGGAGAGGGCCGGAUUCCAAUUAACCUGGGACUUUAUUAUAACAAUCAUCUCCAUCAACCAAAAACUCCUGGAGGAAUGGCCUGGGCUCCAUCUUUGCAUAAAGACUCCUUGCCGGACAGUUGGAUGUCCUGCUGAAUUUGUCUGGCCAGAUCUGGAGGACAAGAUGACUGUGUUCAAAGAAGACAUUAAAACUUGUGGAAUUUGUGCCCAUCGGUUUGAAACAGAGCUCCUGUUACCCAAAGUUCCAAACAAACCAAGCAGAACUGAGGUUCCUGCACAGUAUUAUAUCACCAGCUACGGAAAUGCUACCUUUGGAACCAGCACUGUCCAUGUGGAAAGACAGAACAUCUUGGAUAAAUGAAAACUGCCACAUAGGAUAAAUCACUGGCCAACAUCAUUUCUGUCAAUGUUAUUUAAUGAUCAGUUCAAAUAAAAAAUGUACUUCUUAAAUGUACAUGGAAUGACAAUUUAUUUCCAUAAAAUAUUAUUGACUGAAGUUAUAGCAUAAUGAGCUUACACAAGUUACAUAAAGACUUGAUUUCUCAUUACAGGUUCUCAACAGAUUUUUCACAUUUUAUAAAAUAUUUCCACGAGAAACCGAAACAAAAAUAUUAAGACUUAAUUUUAAAUUCUAGCAAUACAAUAUGCAGGUAAUCCUCGAUUUACAACUACAGCUAAGCCCAAAAUGUAUGUUUGUUAAAUGAGUUGUGCCCCAUUUUACAACUUUUCUAGCUACAGUUGUUAAGUGAAUAAUUGCAGUUAAAUUUGUAACAGGGUCAUUAAUUGAAUCUGGCUUCCCCAUUGACUUUGCUUGUCAAAAAGUUGCAAAAGGUUAGGGUGACCCCAGGACAGUACAACCGACAUAAAUAUGAACCAACUGCCAAGCAUCCAAAUUCUGAUCACAUGACUGCAACAGUCAUGUGAAAAAUCCCUUUUUUUCAGUUUGUUUGUAACUUUGAACAGUCACUAAAUGAACUGUUGUAAGUUGAGGACUACCUGUGAUUCAAUUCAGUACAAAUAAGGUUUUCAGGCAUUCAUAGUCUAAAAAGAUUCUUGAGAUCCAAAAGCACAGUAAGUGGCUUCAGGUUUAGAAACAAUGACUAACAGCAACAUUUGAAAAAUGUAUUAUAAAACUCACAGCCAUUACAAUAUAACUGUCAAACCAAUGAAGGAUUCUAAGCAGCUUCCAUAAAAGCCUGAUCAAUGCAUCACAAUGUAAGUAUUUGUCUGAGAAAGUCAAUCAUCUUCUACGAAUAAUCAGUUAGAGUUAAUGGAGCAAGGCUAGUUCAGGAUUGUGGAAGAUUAGCCUUUGGGAGCCCUCCAGCUAUUGCAGGUGUCCUCCCAGGAGCCUUAGACAAUCAAUUUUUAUUAUGGUCACACACUAGCAAUACACAUAAAAGCAUUUAAAACGA